AGUGUAGCGGUAAAUUGCAACUUUUGCAACAAUCAAGCCAGGCUGAAAAAGAAUUACUAGAGCAGAGUUUAGAGCAAGUCAAUCAGAGUCUUUCAGCCGCGGUGGAAAGAAUACAAAUUUUAAACAGCAGUCACGCGACAGUGUGCAACGCGUGCUCGGAAACAAUCAUACAACUAAACAACACGAAUCAGAAUCUAUCGGUUUGUCUUAUGGUAAUUAAAAACUUGGAGAAACAGUUGGCAGAAAGGAAAGAUGAAAUCGAUUGGUUGAGAAACGCGACGCUAAGGGAGCCGGAUGAAAAAGAGAACAAGGCCUGUGAUGGUGAAGAGGAAAGGUUUCAAAAAGAAAUCAAUUCGACCACAGCUGAGAAAGAGGAACUGGAGAGGAAAUUGGACGCCGCUUUUAACGAGCUCCUGACUGCCAACGAGACGAUUCAGAAUCUACAAGAUGAGUAUAACAAAUUAAGGGCGGAAAUGGUGAAGACUAAAAUGAUGGGGGAAGAGAGGGCGCCGCGGGACAAAGGAGCAGAUAUCGACAAGAUUGAAGAGGAUUAUUUGUGCGACAGUGUGGUGGCGCUCAAGCAGACGAUAAUUGAAAACGAAUCUGUUAAAAGGUCGUUACAGACGGAGCUGCAGAAGAUAAAUCAGACCGCGGCAAAUGCGCUGGAGAGAGCAGAUGAUCUGCAGCAAAAGCUGGACAGCGCAAAUGGGAAGAUUCUAGAAAUGGAGACGAGUCUGCAAAACGCGCAACAGGAGGCGAGCAACGCGAGCAAAAUUGCCGAGGACUUGGAGGAAGUACUGCAGAACAAUGGCAGCAGUCUAGAAAACUCGAGCGAAACGGAAAAUCAGGAGCAACUAGAGGCGGCACAAAAGGCUGCUGAAGAGGCGAGAGAGAAUGCCACGCGUUUAUUUACUGAGCUGGAGCUGAAGGCGCACGAACUAGCAGCUGCUAAAGAGCGAUUGGAAAAAGAGGCCCUUUGUCGGAAAGCACGUCGCAUGAACUUAAUUACUGUAAACCGCAAGAAGUACUUGAUUGUUAAACAUUUAAAGUUGAACUGGACAGAGGGCCUAGAGCACUGCGCGAGUAACGGAUUGGAGCUGGCCAUCUUGGAUCAACACUCGGAUUUGAAAGCGGUCAUGACAGCAACCGCAAACAUCACCAAUUGGCGUACGUGUGCAUAUUUUUGGUGGGUCGGAGCGUCAGACAUCGACCGAGAUCCUGGCGACUUCCAGUGGUUGAACGGCAAACCGCUGCCAUUGAACAGCACACUUUGGUACGCCGGAUGCCCCAACUAUUACGGCAGAGGCGAAGACACUUGCGUCUACUUCCACACUGCGUCCGUCGUUAACUUCAGGCUGCACGAUGUCAACUGCACUAAACUGAACAAGUUCAUUUGCCAACUGCCACCAGAGUGCUAUUAAAACAGAUUUACAACUAUGCACGAUUUUA